AUGAGCUCUGAAUGCACAUUUCUGCUGCAAUAUUUUGGUGACAGACAUAUUCUGUUAAAAGAAGAAUGGCUGAAUUCAGUUAUCGAUUUUCUACACAACCAUGUGCCGCUUUCGAGAGAUUUUGACAAUGAAACAUUUGCAAAUAUUGUUCUGGAUCAGUGGACAUGUUCAAACAUUGAAUCAACAUCGUUCCCUGCAUUUGGAAACCACGGAAUUGAUUCGAGCAUUCAGAAACAACAUCUGCAAGGACCAAUUGUAUGUCAAGUGAAUGGAUUUAUCGAUACUGGAAGUCCAUAUUACCAGCAAUAUUGCAAUUUGAACAGAAGUGGUAAAAAAGAAGACAAUUCGGGUUUCGAGAAGGUUUUUCACGAAAAAGAAGAUGACUCAGAUCAAAAACCAUCACGACUUUUGAAGCUGUCUCUAACCGAUGGUGAAUCAUUUCUAAACGCGAUCGAAUUCUGGAAAUGUCCUCAACUUUCUCUCCACUGCAAACCAGGAACGAAACUUCUCAUCGAGCCUCCAUGCGACAUUCGACGAGGCACAUUCUUGUUGAAACCCGGAAAUUGCCGAAUCCUUGGUGGAGAAGUGUUACCUCUGUUGAACUGUCAUCUACCAGUGGAAGAAUAUGCGCGAAUGCUGAAAAUCAAAGAUCACAAACCAUCGACAUCUACUUCGGUUCCUUCUGAAAGACAGGCGGCUUCUAAUCAGCCAUCUACGUCCACCUCCGUUUCUCGACCCAAUCCGCCACCUUCUCAACCAGGACCGUCGUCAAUGAUUAGUCGAUAUUUCCAAAAGAAACCGGUCCCUUGCACGCCGUCGAAAUCGAGAGCUCCAGAACCACGGGAAAUGUCCCCAGAUGUCUUUGACGAAGAAAACCAUAUUUCUGACAGUGAAGGCUCAGAUUACGAAAACCAACACUCAUCUACGAGAAAACCGAAAGAAGCUAUUCUGGUUUCGUCUCUCAUUCGCCGGAUUCAAAAUGACGAAGAAGAAGAGUUCGAGCCCACUCGACGAAUAUCUAAUCGCUCACCCAAAAAGCAGACGAAAACUCCUCCGUUAGAAGCGCUACAUCGUCGUAGCACUGGAAUUCUGACGUCACGACGGCUUGAUCCGAUGGAUGAAUUAUUAGAGGGGAUGAUUGAAAAAGACGAAGAACCUGUGUCGUGCCCCAACCAGACGAAGAAUCCAUUCCGAGUGCAAGCUCAGCCGCCGUUGAAAAAAGUGAAAAUUGAAGCAGAAAGUGAUGAUGAUAUACAAGUAAUUGAACUCGUGACUCCACCUCCACCGCAAAUUAAAAAGGAACGCCUUUCGGAAGCAAAAGGAGAAGACGUGAAGAAAAAAGAAGAGGAAGAGUCGUAUUCCAAAGAAGAACGGGAGGCUCUAAAAGCUUUUUCAAGUCUGAAGCUGUCAACAUUUAUAGAUAGUCUAAAGAAAAUCAAAUACUCAAUAGGAUCAAAACGAUUUCUUAUUUUGGCCUUUAUCGAUGACAUCGUUGAGCCGUUGCGAGUUGUCGAUGAGUUAUGGACAAUGAAAGUGAGUUUAAAAGAUGAUUCCGGGACAACGGAAGCAUUUAUCGACAAUUCAACACUACAUCGUUUGAUCGGAUACACUUGUGAAGAAGCAAUAGCAGUUCGAAAAUCCAGUGAUUUGGAAAAGCGAAGAGAUGGAAAGCGACGGUUAGAGGCGUUAGAACAGCAACUGCAGAGGCUGGAUCUAGUUUUUGAGAUCGAAUUCUUCUCGGGAACAGCGACAUCGUGCCCUGUGGUUCGUUCAAUGAAGACGCUAGCAGAGCAAAUUGAUGUUUAUUGA